CUUCACACUCCACCCUCCUUUGCUGUUUGGUGCUUUCACAAACAGUAAAGAGGAACAGCCAUGGCUUCCUCUCCUUCCAAGCUCUCUGCCCUCUCCCUCAUCCUUAUGAUUUUCAUCUCCACAGCAUCACCAAUCUUGGCAUGUCCUCCAUGCCAUGAACACGAACACCCCAGUCAUCAUCACAAGAAAGGCCAUGAGAAGCCACCAGUCGUGAAACCGCCAGUUGUGAAACCACCAGUAGUGAAACCUCCAGUAGUGAAACCACCUCCAGUGAUCGUGAAACCACCUCCGGUGAUCGUCAGACCCCCUCCCCCUUCAGUUCCCUGCCCCCCGCCUCCGUCACCUCCGCCGCCGUCACUGCCGCCGCCGCCGCCGCCGGCUACGUGCCCCAUAGACUCGUUGAAGCUCGGUGCUUGCGUUGAUCUCUUGGGUGGUCUGGUUCACAUUGGUGUGGGUGACCCAGUGGUGAACCACUGCUGCCCUAUCCUUGGUGGGCUUGUGGAGCUGGAGGCUGCUGUCUGUCUCUGCACCACCAUCAAGCUCAAGCUGCUCAACAUCAAUAUCUACCUUCCUCUUGCACUCAAACUCCUCCUCACCUGCGGCAAGACCCCGCCCCCUGGCUUCACCUGUCCUAACUAAGGUGCUUCACUGGUGGAAGGCGUGAUCGAGAUGGAAGAAGAUGGAUGGUCACAGACAUGAAAGGAUGUCUAGCUAGUUGGUGGUUCUGAUUCUGUGUAGACCAUUUGUUUUUUUUUUUUCAUUUUUCCCUUUAUUGUAUGAGAUUGAUGCAAGUGUUAGUGUCCCGUCUCAAUCUCUGAGUCGAUGUUUCUCUCUUUUUAUACAUCUGAUUGGAGGUCUUAGUGUCUAAAAUAAACACGCUUUCUUUGCA